AUGGCACCUGUAAAUAUUCGCAGCUUCCCGGAGGAACCGGGAGUAUAUCGUAUGCUCGAUAAAAACGGCACUACGUUAUAUAUCGGGAAGGCCCUGUGCUUACAAAAACGCCUGGCCUCGUAUUUUCGAGGACGCCACCCAGACCUAAAAACUCGUCUUCUCGUAGAGCAAAUCGACCGGGUAGACUUUAUCGUUACGCGAAACGAGGCCGAAGCCCUACUCCUCGAACGAGACUUAAUACAGCGGAUGCAACCGCGAUAUAAUAUUACUCUCAAAGACGGGAAGAGCUAUGCCUAUAUUCUCAUUACCGACGAACCCUAUCCCCGCAUCUUAAAAAUGCGGAAAACCCAGGCUCCCCGAAAAGGAGAGUUCUUUGGUCCCUACGCGAAUACCAAAGUUCUGGACCAGAAUAUAGCCCUUCUCCACCAACUUUUUCCCAUAAGGACCUCCAACAAGAAGUUACCCAGCCACAACCCCAACGAACGUCCAUGUCUUAACUACCAUAUCGGCACAUGUCGCGGAUGCUGUAUUGGUGAGAUUGCGCAAGACGAAUAUGAAAAGACUUGCAUCGCGCCAGCGCGCAUGUUGCUCACCGGCCGGUACCAAUCUCUGAUCGAAAAUAUGGAACGUGACAUGCGUCACGAAAGUGCGCACAUGCGUUUCGAAGCAGCCGCCAAAAUACGGGAUCGGAUACAGUCUAUUGCGCUUUUUCAAGACGCCCAAACAGUCCAAGUCCCAUUCGAUAUACCGGAGGAUACCGAUGCUUUAGGGUUUUAUGAAGGCGAAAAUCUUUUGGUAAUCGUAGUAUUGCAGUGCCGCGAAGGAAGGCUAUGGCAAAAGCAAGAGUAUACAUUUGAACGACAUUUAGGCACUCACACCCUACUAGAAGACUUCUUACUGCAAUAUCCGGGUAUCGUCUCGCACGUGCCCAAUCACAUACUCGUCCCCAUCCCCCUAGAUCUCGCCGACAUCGCGGCCCAUAUUCGAGCCGCGUUUGGGAAAAAGCCCAAAAUCCAAUACCCUCAAAAAGGCGGAAAACACGCCCUCGUUGCGCUGGCGCAUCAAAAUGCCCACGCGGCCUACCAGCACACCAUUCAAUUGACACCCGUUGAAUUUCGCAUGAAAGCGUUGCAAGACAUGCUGGCGCUCACGACCCCACCCCAUCUUAUCGAAGGCUGGGAUAUUGCCAAUACGCAAGGGCGACAAGCCGUCGCCGCUAUGGUCACCUUCCGAAACGGGCAACCCAAAACAUCCGGGUAUCGCAUCUUUGCCAUACGGUCCCAAGACACCCCAGAUGACUACGCGAUGCUCCGAGAAGGCAUCACCCGGCGAUGCACCGGUAUGAUCCAUGAUGCCGACGCGCCCCGCCCAGAUUUAAUUUUAGUCGACGGCGGCAAAGGACAAUUACGCGUCGCUAUAGAAGUACUGGCCCAGUUUGACCUGGACAUACCACUCGUGUCGCUCGCUAAAAAGCAUGAAUACGUCUAUCGUCCCGGAGAGAGCGACCCCAUCAUCUGUCCUCGUACACAUCCGGGACUCAAGCUCUUGCAGUAUGUGCGCGACGAAGCCCACCGAUUUGGGAACAAAACGCACCGCAGAAUGCGGCAUAAAGAAGGGCUCAAAAGCGUGCUGGAAAACAUAAAAGGCAUCGGACCGGUCCGCCGAAAACGCUUAUACGAGCAUUUCUCUUCUAUCGAGGAGAUGUCCGCUCAACCUAUAGAAAACCUAGCCGCCAUACCCGGCAUGACCGCCGCCGCCGCGAAGAUGGUACACGACUUCUGCGCCGCAUACUCCAAUUCAUAA